AAAUUGUUAUUAAAAACUUAUUGAGAUCUAUACCUUUUCACGGGGAACAGCCAAUCUAUUAGAUCGGCAGCUGACACUAUGUUAACACGCUACUGCAGUUGCGAUGCAUAUUAUUUAAAUAGAAUUUACGUUAAUAAACGGUGAUGGAAAUAGUGAGUGUAAAUUAAUACUUAUGUUAAUUAUAUUGCGUGCGUUAUACCUGGUGUCACACGAUUUCGUCGUGCGUGAAUUCGUGUAAUCUAAGUUUGUCUAUAAUAUACGUCGACGAUAAUAAUAAUUUAAAAAUCAUUUUUAAUCAUUAACUUUGUCGUUCUUUGCCUUCGGUGUCGGGAAAUCUAUCGUCACUCGCGUACAUGAUUAUUUCAUAAAGGCCCAACAUAACUCAAUUGGCUAUCGAUCAUGGGAUGGACGUUCUGCUGGUUGGCAGAAACCCAGACAAGCUACGAGCCGUUGCCGGAUUGAUAAGAAAAGAAUCAUCCGGUCGGCGACGGGUGAUGACGGUAGUGGCGGACUUUGCGGAAGAUCCAGUGGCGCGGAACCGGGCGGYCAUCGACGUGGGAGAGCCGGAAGCUAGAGACUGCGGUGACCUACCAAAACAGCAGGAAGGUGACCAGGAUGACGACGUGGGCGACCGGUGUUUCUGCGACAGCGAUGGACAACAAUCGGCCCGUCGCCAAUGCCCCCUAUGGUAUCGGCGUCUGAGGACUGUGAUCGAAGGCCGUUUACAAACGGACGGCGGGGUGGGUGUGCUCGUGAACUGCGCAGGCGCGUGUUAUCCGCAUCCCGAGUUCUUUGCCAGUAUGACAGCUGAUGGUAAUGCUGGAACCGGGGACGGUGACGGGCCUAUGCAGUUCAAUGCCGACUUUUGCUGCAAUGCAGACGUGGCCGUCCGGUGUAACGUGGCAGGGGCAGUGCAUGCGUGUCGCCUUGUGCUGCCCAACAUGUUAGCUCGUGGACGGGGCCUGGUGAUCAACGUGGGUAGUGCAUCAGCGUCCAUGCCACCAGCCGUGCCACUGAUGACCUUGUAUGCUGCCACAAAGAAAUUUCUGGAAAAGCUGUCUUCCGACCUGGACGAUGAGUGUUUAUACUUGACCAGAGGGUAUACAGAUGGAAACGAUAGUCACGGUGUCCGUGUGCAGUGCGUCCGACCCGCAUACGUGGCCACGGCCAUGCUGCGAUCAGCCAAUCCAGAUGUCCGCGUUKUACCCGGUUCCGAGGACGAGGACGAAGAGGAUGAUGACGAUGACAACUACGGUGAAGGGUGUUGGUGGGCUUCCAAGAGAAAGCGCGUGGAGGAUCGUGUCCAGCGGUGGCUGGUUCCGUCAGCUCGUCGUUGGGUUCGGUCCGCGUUACGCCAAGGAGGACGAUUAUACGCUCGUGGUCCAGGUUCGGGGCCCGCCAACUAUACCGGAUACUGGCCUCACACUUUGAUGGUAUGGUGCGCGCGGUUGGCUAGCGCUGUGACGCCUCGUCGGUGGUUUGUCGACCGAGUGCUGAUCCCGGGCAUGCUCGUGUACCGUGCCAAGGGUCGAGCAGCCAUCGCGGCGACGGUGAGGCGGACAUAAUCUGCCUUGGGAGGUCGUGACAGUGAGGGGGUGAUGGCAGGACAAAAUCAGGACAACAAAAAUACAAAUCGGUAUCAUCAUCAUCAUCAUCAUCAUCGGCAUCGUCAUCAUCAUCGUCGUCGUAUACAACAUCCUGAAUUCCUGAUGUAGUGGCGAUCAGUGACAGCUGCGUCUGAGGGCCACAACACACUGCCGUGGUGGUCAAACAACAACAGCAGCGGGAAACGGAGGCGGUGGAGGGGUUUAUAGAUCUCUAUACAUAUAUUAUUCACGCACAUCGCACACUAUAAAUUACCUAUUCAAAUUUUCAUAACACUUGAAGGCAUUAUAUAAUAUAWACAUAUAAAUAUAUAGGUGCCUAAGUGUCUUCUGUAGUUCACACUUUCACAGUAUCUCGAGUUGAAAAGCCCUGCUGAAUGUAUUUUUAUUUAUUUAUUUUUAUUUCAGGUUCCAAAAUAUGUAAUUCUCGCCCUUAAAAAUUAUUCAUAGUAACUUAUCAUAUUUUUAAUAAACAUUUCAGGUAUCAAAAUUUAUAUUGUUAUAAUUAACUUUCAAAAAAAUCUUGUGGAUUCAUCACCUACCAAAAAUAAAAUAUUCUGGUUACCUCGAAUUCCUAUUACAUACAUUCUUAAUUUAAAAUUUCAUUUGUACCCUUGUUAUACUAUUUUAUUAAGAUAUUUUGUCAUACAUUAAAAUCAUUGUUUUUUAUCUUGAAUACUGCAUUGUCAAUUUUUCUGCACGCGUAUUUAACACGCAUAUAAUAUAUUAUUAUGUAUCUUUUAAAUAUUUAAAUCAAUUUAUCGAGUUAUCGAGUUAUUAUAUGCACUGUUUUUUAUUCAWCCGCACAAAAUUGUUUUAAAUUUUAUUCGCUUAGCUUUUACUAUUCUUAUUAUUAUAUACACAAAYAUUAUAUUUAUCUUCAAUUACACUUACUGUCUGAAAUA